UAAUAAUAUACAGGAUAUCUAUCUUAUAAUUAAUGAUUAAUUAUGAGAUCGUGGAUAUACAGAAGUUGCAAUUCUUUUUUUAACGAGAAACGCGCGAUUAAGAAGAUCCGGCUUGAAAAACAAAAAAGAUUGUAGAUUCUGCGCUUUUAUUCUGCGAUUUUUGAAGAACAUAGAGAAACCCAUAAAUGUUGAUAUGAAAAAUCCAUAAACAUGAAUAUUGAUAAUCUAUAUAUAGUGAUACGUAUCCAUAAUUGGCUUCGGAAUUGUUAUAAUUAUAAAUCUCGCAUAGAAAUUGAUAAGAAUAAUUUCUGCAAAAACGUGGAAUACAGCCAAUACAAACAAUAUUCUGAACAGUGAGAAAUAAAGUUAAAGUGAAAGCGAAAGUGAAUAGUGAAAUGCUGCAAAGAAUAUCACGGAUGUCACCCGUUAUGAGAGUACGGAGAAGAUGGGGCAAUAAUAAAUAUAUUGAAAGUCUUGAGGAAUCUAGCCCAGAAGUGUCGAGUAGUGAUACGUUCUCGUCAAGCUAUCAAGAAGAUUUGAGUGCGUCAGUGCGUGAACAACUUUGGGACUUAAAUAUUCAUCGAGUAUUCGGGACAGACACGAGAACCGACUGUCGCGCUAUCGUCGCUACUAGUAAUGCAGAAACAAUUAAUAGCGAUAAUUCAGCUUUCUCUUCUUUUAUCCAAGAGAUCAUCCUUCCCGUUCUCGGAGUCUCGACAGCAACAUCUCGCAAGAAAUUAGCGAAACAAAAACUGAACCAAAAUCCUGAAGUCCAGUCGAAAAAGUACCGAGAUGCUCUUUCUCCCAUGGCCGAGCACGCUCGGCAACAGAGAGUUCUCUAUCUAUCGUGCCUUUACAAAACCUCGCCUCGCAAUACCAGGGAGCUCCCUGACACAUCCCGUACACGUCAACGAGAUCGAGGAAUCGGGAACUACCCGGUAUUUCCGCUACCAGAGUAGCAGCAUCUUCGAGAUGGUCCUCCCUCCAUCUCCCGCCGUAAAUGUAAUCCGCCGAAUCACGCCGACUUACCGUGGCCGAUUGACAGAUAAACAGCUGUUUGACAGCUCGCGACGCGGCACGGUACA